AUGGGAUUUUCAAAUAAGGCAUCUAUCGGAGUCGCUCUUAUUAUCACAAAUUACGAUGUUCAAAAUGCAGCUCAAUAUCUUUGCACUCAUCCAUUUACUCCGGUUGAUCACAACAGAGUUUUCAAGCAUACGCGUGUACCACAAAUUCCACAACCAAAUCAGCCUUUUACAAUAAAUAAAGGUGAAAUGAUUGACGACGAACUUGAUUUAAUAGAUUUAAUAGAUGAUGAUAAUGGCGUUUUAGAAGGAAGAAUCCAUAACCGAGUUGUAAGGGCACAACGAGGAACGUUCAACAGAGAACCUCCACGGCCAUUUCAAAAUCCAAGACUAUAUCCAAUGUAUGCACAUGAUCAACAUCGUAGACCAAAUCAUCCUCCAAGACUAUAUCCAAUGUAUGCACAUGAUCAACAUCGUAGACCAAAUCAUCCUCCAAGACGAAAUCCAAACAUGGGUUUUGAUAUACGUGAAGAAUAUUAUGAAAUUCCACCAGAAUUUCAAGGCUUGUGA